AUGGCCUCGCAACAACCAUUGGAAAGUGACCUCUCGGUCAUUCUUGGAUUCGCGCCCCGGGCGGCCUUUGGCGCCUUGAGUCAUAACCGGGCUUUAGACUCCGAUAACCUCGGAUGGCUUUCCACAUUUGACGCCGCCGUUCCUUCUCCACCAAACAGCACGAAUCCGUGGGAUGCCUUCCUCAUCUCCUUGGGUUCGCCCCUAAUAAGAGACUUUCAGGGGAAUUCGGCCCGCAAACAUAGCUUCGGCUCCGACAUACCAGACGAGCGGUUCGCGAAAGUGGCCAGGCUGUGGCCAAAAAGGAGGGAGCGGCCGUGGUAUAUGAUACAGACCCUUUGGCAUGACGCCGCCAACCAUGAAGGCACCAACCUCUUCUCUGAAUCUCCACCAGGUGAAAGGGAUGAUAACUCCCCGUCCAUGCGGACAAACGGCCCUCAGAGAGGCCUGGACGACGACAGGCGUCUAUCACUAAUCAGAGACCUAUCACUACCUCGAUUUGGCGGAGAUGACAACGAUCAGAGCCUUCAGAAUAAAUCUGGCCUUCCGACGGCAGACACCUUUGCCGUAUGCAUCGAUCUCUACUUCCAGCGAUUUCAUCCACUGUUCCCAUUUAUCCACGAGCCCACGUUUUCGGCCAGGCGCACACCAAACAUUAUUCUCCUCCCAAUAUGUCUGAUUGGGCUCCAUCUAUUGGACCCGGAUAAGACGAGGCCGUUUGUGAUCACUCAGGUUCUAAGAGGAAUUGAGAGGUGUACGACCGCACUAGCAAGGCCUUGGAAACGAAACGAUUCCAUGUCUCUCAUUACCGUUCUUGGCUCUGCAAUCUUGUAUCUCAACUUUGCGUCAAUUCUCGAAGAAGUUGCGCAUUCAGAACUGACACACGCACUCUACGCUAAAGCCUUGACUGUCGCCCAACAGAGCGGCCUUUUCGAGGUGAGCAGGGGCCCCUCCAUCUGCGAGGCGCUGUCACAAGAACGCCAAACGGACGCCGCUUGGAAGUCUUGGGCGCGGAUAGAAUCAGCCAAACGUGUGGUGGCGUACCUUGUUGUAACCGACUGCUUGUACACGUCCAGCAUCGGGCCAAAACCCAUGACACAAGUGGAUAUGCUCCAUAUCCAUGCUCCUUGCCCUGAAAAUCUAUUUGACGCAGUAGAUGCAACUAGCUGGGCAAAGCUUGCGUCCAUGUCACCCGCCACCUUCAUAGAUCCACCUGUCCUGGACUUCCAGGGCCACAAGGCAACACUCCCGACGACGCUGUCCGCCAGCGUGAUGGGCAUGCACACAUUACUAUCAGCCACUUGGCUCUACAUCGCCGACCUCCGCUACCGUACUCUGCCAUCUAGCUCCGAUCCGCUCAGGAACAGCCUGUACCCUGGAGAGAUAUUCCAGGAAAGCUCGACGGGGGCCGCCAUAGCACCUCUUCUCCGGGAAAUCUACGCCUCAGACCACGAGGGUCUGCUUGCCGGUGACCCCAACGCCAUGGCCUUCUGGAACAACAUGUGCGUCAACCUGACGGCCAAUCUCGACCUGUUCGAGAUCGCGGCUGGGCGCGAGGGCAUGGAGGCAGGCAAGACGGCGCUCGAGAAAGUUUUCGUCUGGGCGCAGACCGCGCAUGCGAGGCGCGCUUGUCUCCAUGCCGCCCAGGUCUAUGUCUGCAUGGCUAAGAGGAAGAUAUCAGACGGCACCAUGUUCAUGUCGGAGAUUGCACUGUUCAACGCUGCGCUCGUGUUGGGGCUGUACGUGUAUGCGGCGCCAGACACGCUCGAAACUGGCACAGAGACACCACUGGAACUGCUUGACGAGGUGGACUGGAAUCAGAUUGGGGACGAAGGUCUCCCCGGAUGGAACAUGGAGCAGAACGACUGCAGUUAUGCGGCGAGGAGGUUCAUCAGCGAAGGAGGUGCCAUUUCGUUCAAUCGAUAUGUUUGCAUCGGGGGGUAUGCCUCGGCGCGAAGGGUGAUUCUAAACUACGUGGGCCUUCUGGAAGAGGUCGGGAGGUGGAACUGGCGACGGUUUCGUCACAUAUUACGAGUGAUGAGCGAUAGCAUGGUGGAACUGGCAUGA